GGACCUACAUCAGGUGGUACCACAUAAAACGUAACUUAUUCAAAUGCACGUGUAACGGUUUCGGAAUCUCGUGCCAGCGAGCUUGAAGGAACUCCUUUACCGUGCCUCACUUCUGGUUGUAAUUGUUGCACUGUAUUACUGAUUGCUAUCAGUUGGUAUCCUAGCUGUAUAUCCCCAUAGACAUUUCCGCGCCUGACAAACCUGUAGACUAGCCUCAUACUUACCAAAGGCUGAACGUUACAUAUAUCUUAGAUGUUUUAUAGUAUCGAUUUGCUUUCAGCUCAUCGAGGGAAGUUCGGGAUUAUAUGGCUGGCAGCUACCAGGGUAAGGAAACAACUAUCAAGAAAGGAACUAAAUUCUGUCAAUAUUGUUACUGCUUGGAGAGACACAACUUCGACUCUCAUUGUACUUAGCAUCCCAGUUGACUUUCGGUAUUUGUAUCAUUUACAGAGAAAAAACUAUUGUUAUGCUACUACUAAAUCUCGUACAAAGCGUAAAACUCGCGUACCAGUUGAUGAUCCUGAAGUACCUCUGUUAAACUUGUACAACGAAACAAAUGAUUUUGGAAAUCUUCAGUUGCCUGAUUUGUUUUGGCCCAGUAUCAAUGAACCUUGUCUGGAUUUCAUGGAUACACAAACUCUGUAUCAAGCACGAAAUGAAGACAUAACUUUGGUGGAAGACCCUUCGGUCGAGACAAAUGGUACUCGUUUUUCAUUUGGUGAAGAUUUUUUGCCGGAGUUUAUCCUUGAAUCGAUAAAUCGUGAUCAUCAUACCAUUCAACCAGUAGAUUUAAUUCCUAUUGAGAUUCAAAAUGGCAAGAGACACAUUUCUAAACAUUUAGUACAUGAGAGUGAAGCUGAAGUUACAAAAUAUUCUGCAGUAGAAAGAUCAUGUCAUUCAGAUAAACCUCAGAGGCCGAUAACAACAAUACAAGAAAGUAAUGUCAUAUUCGACUCCGUAUUAAAUCAAUUUGUCCCCGUACAUACAGAGAUAGUGAACUCUUCAAAGGAUUUGACUAAUGCGAAAACGCUUGCUCAAGGAAGCGCUAAUGAAUGCAUAGUUUCACAGUCUUCUGACGUACCUAUGGACUCAGUCAAUGCAAUUUCAACUAAUGUAGAUAGUUCACUAAUGCCUUCUGCACAGUUCAGCACUGAAAUAAUCAAUAAUUCUACUCAUUUGGAAAACAUCAAACAAUCGAAUAUUGUAUUAGAACAAGUUGAAUUGACUAAAGAUUUUUUAACAGAAACAGAAAUGACUCAGAUAUUACCUCAGGAAGGAGAAGAAAGAACCUUUACUAGUGCUUCUGAACAGAACUUAUGUCCAAUUUCGUUAUCUCGAUUAAAUCCAUUACAUCCUGUCGAAUCUGAGGAGAAUACGCAUCGUCGUCGUAUAAAAAAGCAUUCUAAUAAGCUCAUCAUUGAUGAAAUCACCCGACUAACAGCAUCAGAAUUACGCUGGAACAUGUUACAUGGCGAGGAGACUAUGGUUACACGAGACAUUUAUCUGGCUGAAUCAACUCCACGCAGUCAAACACGAUAUCUGUUGUCUCGGAGUGUUUCACGAUUAUUCUCUGUCCCCAGUAAUCUGGAAACUGCUCUUAGUUUAAGACUUUGUGAACUUUGGUGUUAUCAUCGGCGUUUAUGUGAAAAAGCUUUACAAAAAAGGAAAUUAGAUGAUUUGUCAAUAAAUAAUGAUAUAAUCCAAACUAAACGUCCUACUAAAUCAUUAUCAAUAAAAAUGAAUGCUAUUACAGAAGAAAAUGAAUCUUCAGUAGAAAUUCAAAGAAUUGCUGGAGAUCAUUCUUCUCUAAUUGGAUCUGAAUCUAUUUUUGGAACUAGUAAUAUAAUUGAUGUAACCAAUAAUCAGACGAUCAGUGUGCGUGAAUCAUUAGUGCAAAUGAAAGAAUCUUUUGGGGGUGCUAGUGAUCAACCUAUCCCAGAUAUAACAAAUGUACGUGAUAAUACUGCUUCUGAAAUAACUCGUCAAGCCCUAGAUCUCCCUAUUCCAGGGACUUCAACAUCUUUGCCUACUGAGUGUACAACAUUAGUUCCUGUAAUUGAAGAACCUGAAGAAAAUCUGCAACAACAAAAUGAGUUGGAUUCUACGUCUGUUGUUCCCAAUUUAGUUGAAGCACUACCUGAUCAAUCUCAACUGCCUACUGAAGUUUCCUCUUUAUCGGGAAAACAUUUUCAUGAUAAAUCACAAUUAUGGAGAUAUCUCUAUAGUCAACUAAUAGAGUCAAAUUCUUAUUCGAUCGACAUUGAAAACCUUUGUCCAUUGGGUUGCAGUAAAAAACAAGCAGCAUUUGUAUUCAUGACGCUUUUAGAGUUUGCCAAAAAUCGCCAAAUUAUUUUAUCACAAUGCGUGGCUUUUGGACAAAUUCUCAUAACAAUAAUACACUAAGUAUUAUGAGUUUUAAAUCCAUUAUUCAUUGUUUGUUAUACCGUUUGUUCAUGGAAUAUUAUUAUCAUUUUAUAUACAACCUUUUCUUAUUAUAGUACUUUAUCAGUUUUGAUGAAUCAAUUUUUGAUAAUGGAUGAUCCUAUCAUCAUUAUUUUACAUGCUAAUCCUGUGGACAACAAUUCAUCUCAGGGGGCAUCGAAUACAUAUGCACCACACAAGUCACUUGAUUUAUGUGUGGGCUGUGAUACUGCGCAGAUGCCCAAACUAAGGCAGGUGUUUUUCUUAGGAGGUCACUCCCGGAGCCUCCGACGUUCUCAUGGUAUCCGGUGACCAACGAUGUGAAUCAUUUGUUUGGUAUCAAGGUUUUCCAACCCACCUAGGUGGGUCCAUCAUAUUCACCAACCUGCUUGAAUCGCGAGACAUUCG